AUGGACUCCUUGACUGAUGAACAACGGGAGUACCUUGCCACACUGAAUCGUCGUGGCCCGGCUAGGCUGCGUGGCGCCAGUCGCUCUCGCAGCCGCGACCGCCGUGCCAUUGCUUCUUCGGCCGAUGAGCGCUCUCGCCCUUGGCGUGCACCGAGUCCAAUGCUGGUUCAAGGACCACCUCCUCUUGCGGAACAGGUGCGGCUCAUACAGAGCAGUAUUGAGAUGAUUGAGCGCCGCCUGACCAACCUUAACAUUGGUCAAACGCAGCUGCUCAUGGUGCUUGGACACCACCCAGACUUUGGGGUUCCGUUCGGGGCCAUCGCUGAGUUUGUUGACACCAUGAAGGCCACCGUUCAGGACAUCAAGGCGUCGAUUGAGGAUCUUCGCGCUAAUUCUGCAGAGCAGUGCAUGCUUCUUAGCAGCCGCCUUGACCGCCUCGAGGAACUGGUUCAGGCUCGCACAUCGGGGCCCAUGGUGAACUUCCGCCGCCGAUGGAGUUUGCAGGAGCAUUCACCUCUGCUUUCGGAAGAUGCCAGUCUGGCUGACAGCGACCACGGCCUAGAUCCGGCCCCCGAACGCAGCUCGGGCUCCGAUGGAUGGGAACGUGUGGGAUCUGCACUGCCUCAGGACCCUGGUCCGGUCCUGAGUUCCGAAGUUCAGCGAGCCGUGGUGUAUCAACGUGAUGUGUCCCUGCCGAAGCUUCCCUACGAACAUGGCAUUUGGGGCCUCGUCUUUGGGUCUCCUGCAUCCCUGCCCACCACCCGUUUCCCUGCACCAGUUGGUCCACGGCCUCAACCGAUCCCCACCCCUCCCGACCCGUCCACGAAUUCCCUAGAGCUCUCUUCUGCCGCAGCUCCCCCAGACAUCAGCCUGGCCCGGAUCAAAGCUGCCACUUUUCGUGUCACUGAUGCGGCCCUUCGUGACCGUUGCUUGGUGCAGCUCAAGACUCUUUUGCUUCUUGACCCGUCGGCCACCAAGACCGGUAUUCAGAUGACUACGUGCUUCGGCAAAAUUUUGGAACCUGACCGAGCCCUCUUGGUUCUUCAGGACACGUUGCGGCCCAAGGCCACCGGCACCAUCAGCAAACGCACAGGCUCUCUCUGGCGCUUGGCUCACUACCUGGCCUCCGUGGACGGCCGCAGCCCCUUCAUGGUUUCGGAGCCCCUUCUCUAUGAGUAUCUCUGCUCACUUCGUGAAGCUGACAGUGGUGCUACUUCCGGCGCCUCCGCUUUGGAGGCCUUGCGCUUCGCUGACGGUUUGUUUCGCUUCCAGCGGAUCUCUCUGCGUGAGGUGGACAGCGCCCGCAUUCGUGGUGUGGCGCAUGCCAUGUAUGUUCGCAAACAAAAGCGCAAGCAAGCCCCUGCCUUGACUGUUCGUGCCAUCCGCUUCCUGAUGGCAUGGUGCUGCGACCCGUCCCGGCCUCUGCAUACGCGCAUUAUCUCUGGCCACCUUCUUGCGUGCAUCUUUGCAGUCGCGCGUUGGUCUGACUUGCGCUUCCUUGCCUUCUUCCGGGUGCUCUCUGACGACGAGUUCAGCAUCUUCGAGUCCGCGACUUCCCAGCACAAGACCGCACACUCCAAGGAGGCCCAGGUCGAGCUCCUUCCAUUCAUUGGCUUAGGUCAGUGGCCGGGCUGUGAGUCAUGGGCUGCGUGUCUUGCGACUCUUCGAGCCGAGUCCGACCUCUCGCAGGGCCUGCCAUCCUGGAACGAACGCGAGCAGAAGUGGGCUCUCGGUGAUCCCAUGACUACUUCCGAGGCCACUGGAUGGUUGCGGGAGAUCCUCUCUCAUGAGCUUGACCCCACCGAUGUGCGGGCACUUCGUGCCCACUCCUGCAAAACCACCUUGUUGGCCUGGGCUGGCGUGAGCCCUCUCUUCACUCGUGAAGAACGCACAUUGCUUGGACAUCACAUUGAGGCUUCUACUCGGUCGGCAACUACAUACGACCGCCAGGCCAUCAUUCGUCUUCAGGCCAAGGUUUGGCACUUGCUGAUUUCCAUCGACUCCGGCGAGUUGAGUCCUGAUGCUGACGCUCUUGGCCGACUGCGUUCCAUGGUGCAGGUGCAUGCGCCCCGUCCAGCUUCUGCUCAGACCUCCGAGGAGCCUGCAUCUAGCUCUUCUUCCGAUGAUGAACCCGCCGGUCUUCCUGCACCGCUACAUCGAGAUCGAGUUCCCCUGCCGGCCGCCGCCUACGAGUACGCCUGGCUUGUGCACUCUGUGAGCGGUAUUGUCCAUGUGCAGUCUCCCCACUCACCUGAGCGUCUGAUGUGCGGCCGCUCCAUUUCUUGCAAUUUUGAGUGUGUUUCGCCGGCUGACCUUGAUGUUGAGCAGACUGCAUUUUGUGGCCAGUGCAGCUCGCUGCCUAUAGAGCUCGGAUUGGCCGCAACCUUUGUGCAAGAGCUGCAUACCGGGGGCAUCGACACGUAUGCCUCUCUUGCCUUCUGUCAGCCACACCAGGCUAACAGUGGAAUCGACGAUGUUGCACUUAUGCGUCAUGUGGGCUCGCUCGUCUCUUCAGCUCUCUCGGCUCACCAGACCACUGCCCUGCGCCGCCUUGCGUUUGAGGCGCAGGCUCUGGCUCUUCAAGAUCUGCGCAGCAAGCUUGAACGCACCUCAGAUUCCGAGCCGAAAGUUCUUCCCUUACAGGAGAAACUCGAGCGCAGCUCUCGCCUACAGAAUCGGCUCGUCGGGGUCACCUUCACAGAUCACAAUCAGCCUGCGCAUGCCCUGGUGGACAAGGCAUCUCAGCAGUUCGAUGAGGGCGUCCUUCAAUACCUGCAGCUCAACAAGUGCAUCAGCCGUUACCAAGAGGCCCUUGCUGAACGCUCUUCCGCUUCUCUGCGCUUCGGCUCGGAUGGUGCCAUCAAGGUGUCGCGGGAGUCCGCGGGUGGUGAGUGCGAUAUCUCCACUGCCCACCUCCUUCGUGCCGCUUUUCAGCGGCGGGCCAUGGCUUACGACAUCGCGGGUGUUGCCACCUACGAGGCUCUGGAUGCCUGGGCCCAGAAUCUCUUUGAUCGUCUUUCGACUCCUGUGCCCUCCAGUCGUUACUCUCCUAUUGGCCUCGAGCAAAUUUUGGCAGCUGACAAAGCCCUUUGGGUUCGCUUGUCUCAGCUCAGUCGUGGGCUUCUGGGCCGCAGUGACGCCGCCACCGGUGCCUUGCUGGUUGACAAUUUGAUUCUGGAUUUGAGCAACCACCCCGAGGUCGUCUGGCAUUUCCUCCCGCUGGCGAAUGCUUCUCACACCCCACCUCCCAAGCCUCAUGCUGCACAGGCCGCCCGCAAGCGCAAACGCCAGCGUGCCUCCUCUGCUCCACCUGUGCCUGCUGCGUCACCGGGUCGAACCCCUGCGAAGGGCCCAGGCAAAGGCUCCGGCGCCGGCUCUCGCAUCCAAGUGCCUGAUGGCUGCACCAUUCGUUUUUCCAAGGGCCCCAUUUGCAUGAAGUACAACCUGGGGACCUGCCGCGCUUCUCAUGUGAAGCCUGGCGCUCGUUGCAGCAACGGCUACCACGUGUGCUGGAAAAUCGGUGGAGGCGUGUGGUAUGAGUCCCCCUCCGGCACUUCUCAUCGCCUCUUGGACGGUGUCGUGACGCCUGGUUGUGUGCUUGAUGUGGCCUCCGGGCCCGUCUUCCUUCCUGCUGCCGAGGCGCGUCACCAAACGCUCCCUUGGGAGGGCACUCGCUGCGUUCUGGUUGCCUUCACUUCUCUUGACGCGCACACCCUGUGCCCCGCCGAUCUCGACACUCUAAGUCGCGCCGGCUUCUCUUGUGGCGCACCUGGCAUGCCAAACGCUCUGCCUCCUGUCCCGCAAACCAGCCUGCGACCCAUGGCGGUCGAACUUUGCGCCGGCUCGGCCUCCCUGUCGGCCGCUCUUCGCGCUGCUGGCUUCGCCACCUUGGCGGUCGACCACCACUGGAAUACGCAUCCUCCGCAGCACUCCAUCUGCCAGCUGGAUCUCAGCUGCCCCCAGCAACAGGCUCUCUUGCUCCGAUGGAUGCGCACACAGCCGCUUGCACAUGUGCCAAUGCCGUAUUCUGGUUCGCUUUUGGACGUCCUGGAGCUUGCCGCCAGCAUGGGUGCCACCGUCAGCCUCGAGAACCCUUCUCGAUCCUGGCUAUGGUCAGCGCUACGUGCCAUGGCCGAGGAAUCCCAGCGUGUGCAUCUCCUCGCCCAGCUCGAAGAAUGCAUCUUUGACUCUUGCAUGCACGGCGGCCGCCGCAAGAAGAGCACCAAGAUCUUAGGAUCCCCCGGCCUUUUCAGCAGCCUCCGGGCCUCUUGCGACUCCUCACACACCCAUGCGCCGUGGACCGUUGACCCGACUGCCAGCGGGCCGCGCUUCGCCACUGCCGAGGAAGCGCAGUACCCUCGCUUGCUUUGUUUGCGCAUGGCGCAGGCUCUAGCCGCGCGUCACCAGCUCCCCGAGCCUGUGCCUACUGCUUCCGCCAGUCUAUCUCAGAGCGUCCGCCGCGGCUCUCGCCCGCUCAUCCCCGAGUUCUACGAGUGUGCCCGGGUGCCUGCCGCCUCCCUCUGCAGCCCCACGAAUCCUGGCCAAGUUCUCCCAACGGUGCUGAAAGAUGCCGUGGACACGGUGUUGACAACCGACCCGGUCGACACAGCAAAACGGCGUCUGCAGGCUGUGAUAACCAUCAAGCAGCUAGCCAAAGAGCUUGAGGGGAAAGAAGACGAGUUCAAAUCGUCCCUGGACCCAGACGUGGCAAGCAUCCUCAGUCCCAAGAAACUUUGCAUUCCUCUUGUUGGGACGCAUGGGCGUGAAGCCAUGAUUCAGUCUCGUAAGAUCCCCAGUGACCAGCAUCAGAACGACCUUGUCUCGGCCUCCAUGGAAGAGGUCAGCAGGGGCGAUCUGAAAGGCCCCCUCACGGAGAGCGAUGCCCACCAGCACUUCGGCCUGCACUUGGGGCACUGUGACGGGAACCCGGUACACCAUCUCGUGGCCUCGUCAGAGUGGGAAGGAGGCACGCUUGACUUGGCCCGAGCAUACAAGCAAGUACCGAUUGACCCAGCCUCGAGGCCCUUCUGUGUCGUGGGCUUCCCGACCUCGGAAGGGUGGCAGUACUACAGGUCGGACGUGCUUCCAUUCGGCUCCAACGCCUCGGUGUACGCAUUCCUGAGGAUCUCACGUGCGUUGCACCAUGUGUUGGUCAAGUUCCUCGCCGCACUUACCACGGUAUUCUACGACGACUUUCCCAUCAUAGAACCGGCCAUGGGAGCUCCGGUCCUGAAAUCUGCGGUAUCGGCCGUCCUCGACUGCUUGGGAUGGGCCCAUUCCAAAGACGGCGACAAAGCCCUGCAAUUCGCCGGCUCGUUCGUCGCCCUCGGGGUCUUGGUCGAUCUGAGGGGAAUUCGGUCCGCCAAAUUCCGCCUAUCGAACAAGCCAGGCAGAAUCGACAGGCUAGUCGAGAUGAUCCAGCAGUUCAGCGACGAGGGGCGCGUCGACUCCGGACGGCUCUCGAUUCUGCAAGGUCACUUGAACUUCGCCGCCGGGUUCUACAUGGCCAAGGGACUACGCUUCCUGUCCAAGGAAUUUGCCAAGUUGCUGGAUGGGCGUCGUUCCACAUCCGAGAUCAGAGCUCUGUGCAGGCUUGCCAUAGCUCUUCUUCGGGGGACUCCUGAGCGCGAGUUUGACUUGGCCGUCACUGGGCAGCCUGUCAUCAUUUUCACUGACGGGUCCUGGGAAGGGGGCAGGGCAGGCGCCGGCGGAGUCGUUUUCGACCCAGCCACAGAAGCCACCCAAGUCUUCGAACUGGAAGUUCCGGGUGAGCUCCUUGCGGCAUGGCAACAGCAGGUGGGCACUCAGCUCAUCUGCCAGAUCGAAGCUUACGCUGCAAUAUCUGCUAGAUACCUCCUCCGACAUGUCAUCCGAGAUCGCCUCGCGGUCAUGUGGAUCGACAACGAAGCAUCGAGGGUAGCUCUCUCCAAGGGGACCGCGGACUCCGAGUCUCUGAGAGCCAUGGCCAGGGUCAUGCAGUCCAUCGAGAUCUCUCACCCUUCGGUGCUAUGGUACGAGAGGGUUUGCUCCUUCAGCAACCCUGCGGACAUGCCGUCCAGGGGGGAUGCAGAGGCUGCAGCCCGCCUCUUCGGUGGCAGAGUCGUUGACCUCGGCUCAGAUGGACCUGUCAGGGACGCGAUCCUCCUUGCUGUAAGAGAUCCCUACGCCGACCUGGUGGUGUAG